AUGGCCGGCGCGCUCGAAAGUAAUGGAAAUCGAUGUGAAUCCACGGAUUCGGAGAUAUACUCCAAUUCAAGUUACAGUCGUGUCGGUCUUGAUGUUUUGAAUAAACAACGACAAGAUGGAAAGCUUUGUGAUUGCGUUUUGGAAGCGGAGGGUGAACUGUUUCACGUUCACAAAACAUUGUUCGCAGCUGUUUCUCCUUAUUUCGUCGCGAUAUUUCGACAUGAUGUACGAAAAAAUGCGGAUGCAAGAAUAAAGCUUAACGAUAUCGAUGCGGCUGCUUUGAAAGCAAUUAUAGAUUAUAUUUACACGGGUGAAAUUACUAUCACCGUAGGUACCGUGCAAACACUUCUUUCUGCAUCCGAUUUACUUCAGAUCGAUUGGGUGAAGAAUCAGUGCGGACUGUUUCUUAAACGCAGAUUGAAGAUGAUAAUAACCGACGAUAAUCUUUAUGUUAAGGGUGAGGAUAUUGCUUAUCAUGGUCUGUUAAAGUGGGUUAAGCAUGACCCUGAGUCACGACGAGUUCAUCUUUACGAACUAAUGAGUCGGAUUCAUUUACCGCGCGUUCGUCCUCGAUUGUUAAAAAAUCAUAUCUUUAGAGAAUCGGUCUUCAAAAAUGAUCAAAAGAGUAAACAACUUUUGACUAAGGCCUUAAGUGAUUCUUCAUUUUCAUUUUAUGAAGGUUAUUAUUCGAGCUCCCCUCGGUAUGGCACGCCUCAUGUGCUAUUCGCUGGUGGAAUGUAUGGAAAUAAACAGUUAUUCCCUUGCAAAUUACGUAAUAUAUUCUUUGACGAAGAGCUUACUAUACGACCAAUGAAAGAGCAUCGAAACCAUUUGUCCGUAGCGUCAUUAAACGCGUUUGUGUAUUGUACGGGCGGUGUUAACGGAUCCCUCCUACUAAGAAGUGCCGAGUAUUACGAUCCUAUUGUUAACGAAUGGAACCUGGUAGCUCCGAUGAAAGAUAGUCAUCAUUCGCAUGGGUCUUGCGUUCUUAACAAUCACAUCUAUGUGAUCGGUGGAUAUAUGAAUUCGACAGUGGAAAAAUACAAUCCAAAAACCGAUAAAUGGUACAGUUGUCCAAACACUCCUUACCAAUAUAGCAAUGGCAAUCGUGCAGCGGUUAUUGAAAAUAGUAUUUAUAGCUUGGGGGAUUACGAGAGCACAACGUUAAAUAAUCGUUUUGAUCCAAGAGAAGGCCGAUGGCAAAAACUCAGUGGUGCACCUUAUCUGUGGCAUUGCACUGAAAUGGCUUCUUACGGCCAAUCGUUGUAUUGCAUUGGAGGAGCGGUUGACUCGCAUCAAUGCACACGGUAUGACAUGCGUUCAGAUAGAUGGGAAACUCUAUCGUCUAUGACGUCUGCCAGAUGCGGUCAUUCGGUAGUGAUCUAUAAAAAUAAAAUUUACGUAUUUGGCGGCAACAACUAUCCUUGCUAUGACGAACGCUAUUAUAUUCGAAUAAAUGAAUGGAAACGUUUCGGCAUUGAAUCGAUUGACCGACAAUACGGCGGAGGUGCCCUUACAUAUACCAAUUUAGAUAACAUGAAGAACUUUUUAUGCUUGUCAUAG